AUGACACCGUCGCACGCAAACCUUUCUACCAGAGGCGAAGUAUUCGCUUCACCAGCCUACAGACAAUCGCUGCUGGAUAUCCUCUGUGACUUAUGGCAUCCCGAGACGAACCGCAGUGGUUACACUCUCAUGCACCAAGAGUUGAUGCAACACAUGAAAGAUAAUCAAUCCCGGAUCGUCAAUGCCAAAUGGAUGCUGAUUCCCCUCAAGUUCACUAUCAACAGCCACUCACUUACUUGCGGAGAUGGCUUCUCUGGCUCCCAUCGCCUACGUGAUGUCCUUGCGCGAUUCAUCAAUCGGAACUUCAACCCACACGAAGCCGUGACUAAAGACCAGCUUAUUGUUACUUCAGGUGUAGGUCAGGCGAUUGAACUCAGCGGCUUCUCACUCUGCGAUAAAGGUGAUGGUGUUUUGCUUGGUAGGCCUCACUACGGAAACUUCCCAAUCGAUUUUGGCUAUCGGGCUGAGGCGAAAAUUGUUGGCGUGUCUUUCGGAGAUGUAGAUCCGUUCAGCCUUGAGGCCGUGGAAUGCUAUGAGAAGGCUCUCAUCGACGCGCAAGAACAAGGAACUCGCGUCAAGGUUUUGCUCUUAUGCAACCCACAUAACCCCUUAGGUCGUUGUUAUACUUCCGAGGUCCUGCAAGCAUACAUGAGACUCUGCCAAAAGCACAGUCUUCAUCUCCUCUGCGACGAAAUCUAUGCUUUGUCAGUUUGGAAAAACGACAGCGUUCCAUAUGCACCUGGGUUCACGUCGGUGCUUUCAAUAGACACCAAUGGAUUGAUCGAUGUGAAUCUUGUCCAUGCUCUGUGGGGAAUGAGUAAGGAUUUUGGUGCGAACGGCAUAAGAAUCGGUUGUCUGAUCACUCGCAAUGAAGAUCUUAUGCGCUCCUGCGUAGCAAAUUCCGGGUUUUCGGGUCCUUCCUCACUAUCGGACCUUGCCGCUACGAGCAUCCUCUCAGACGAUAUGUUUCUCGAAAGCUUCGUCAAGACAAAUCGGCUGCGGUUGACACAGAACUACAAAAUAGUAACCGAGUUCUUGUUCAGCCACAAUAUCCCUUAUAAAGAGGGAUCCAACUCGGGUCUCUUUGUAUGGGCUGAUUUGUUUGAACCCAAUAGAACAUUGAUAGACAGCUUCGCAAUGAAGCAAGCAGAUGCAGGAGCCACUCUAAGGACUAUGGAGGCGAAGAUGACGCAGGCGUUGCUGAAGGAAAGGAUCUUUGUUGCGUCUGGCGGCGACUUUGGGACUGAUUACCGAAUUGUCUUUGCCCAUGAAAGAACGUAUCUGCUCGAGGGACUUGAACGGAUGGUUAGGGCUGUCAAAGAAUUCGGCCGUGACUCGGAGAUUAAUCUGGUUUAA